AUGGAUGAUAAAUCCAAUAAGCUGAUCUUGGUUCCAAUUUUAGCCGUUCUUUUUGUGAUGAUAGGUUAUCAGUAUAUUUGCCCAGCUGGCAGCAACUCCUGCCACUUCAGGACUGGGGAUAAUUCAAGAGGCAUCAAACGUCCGUCAGCGCAGUUUUCGCCGAGCGAGGACUUCUAUCGAGAUCAAGAGCUGGAAGACGAUUUCCCUCCUAAAUUAGCGUCUAAAUUUAACUUCACAGAAAGAGACCUGAAACGGCACGUGGAUUUUAACAUCAGAGGAAACGAUGUGAUCGUGUUUCUGCACAUACAAAAGACAGGAGGAACAACCUUUGGGAGACACCUGGUUCGGAAUAUUCGCUUGGAACAGCCCUGUGACUGCCAGCCGGGGCAGAAGAAAUGCACGUGCCACCGACCAGGUAAAGAGGAGUCCUGGCUGUUCUCGAGAUUCUCAACCGGCUGGAGCUGCGGAUUGCAUGCAGAUUGGACCGAGCUCACCAACUGCGUUCCUGCCAUCAUGGACAAGAGAGAAGUUCAGAAGAACCGGAGGAACUUCUACUACAUCACCAUGCUGCGCGACCCUGUGUCUCGCUACCUGAGCGAGUGGAAGCACGUCCAGAGGGGAGCCACCUGGAAGACGUCCCUGCACAUGUGCGACGGCCGCUCUCCCACCCAGGACGAGCUCCCCACCUGCUACAGCGGUGACGACUGGGCCGGCGUCACCCUGCUGGAGUUCAUGGACUGCACCUCCAACCUGGCCAACAACCGGCAGGUGCGCAUGCUGGCUGACCUCAGCCUGGUGGGCUGCUACAACCUGUCCUCCAUGAACGAGAGCGAGCGCAACCACAUCCUGCUGAGCAGCGCCAAGAGCAACCUGCGCAACAUGGCCUUCUACGGCCUGACCGAGUUCCAGCGCAAGACACAGUACCUGUUCGAGCGCACCUUCAGCCUGCGCUUCAUCUCCGCCUUCACGCAGAUCAACAGCACGCGCGCCGCCAGCGUGGGCAUCGGCGACGACACACGCCGCCACAUCGAGGGGCUCAACUUCCUGGACGUGCAGCUCUACGAGUACGCCAAGGACCUGUUCCUCCAGCGCUUCCAGUUCAGCCGGCAGCGGGAGCGCCAGGAGGAGCGGCUGAAGAGGAGGGAGGAGCGCCGCUGGCUGAGGGAGCAGAGGGCCUUCCUGUCCCAGCAGAGGCAGGAGGAGGACCGGGCCACGGUGCCGGCCACCACCGAGGACUACGCCAGCCAGGUGGUACGCUGGUGA